AUAUUGACACAGAUACGAAUGUCAUAGCUCACAUAGUCUGUCAGGCUAGUAUCAAAAAUUUUUUGCCACACACAAAACAAAUUCUCGUUUUGUUGUAUUUUUCAUAUAACAUUUAAAAUUUUUAUAUUUCUUUCGGCUAACAAGUUGAAUUUCGCCAAAUUGCGGUACGAACCGUUUUUUUAAAUUACAAAAAAGCAAUAGCAAUAUGAAUAAGAACAAACAGUCACAGCUCAACGCUGGUCGCGUCAGAUCACUGGGUCUGUUGGACAAGACGUUGCCCCUGACUGCCGCAACCAUACCACAGCUGCGCAAUCGACGCCAGUUUCAGUUCAAUGGGAUGCAGUUCGAGACGAACCCAUUGUCACUGCAUAUGCCGCGUGGUGGCCUGGACGGAGACGCUGGCGAUGGACGAUUUCCAGCAGCAGAAGAUCGACGGGAGUCAAUUCCCUACCAAACAUUUAAAACAUCAUCGCCGACGUCUGCGAUCAGUCGCGUCAAUGCAUUGCGUAGCUGCGCAAAUGGCAUCGUGGGUGGCAACGACAUGGCCAGUCCCAGGAUGGUGCCACAGCUCGCUGCCAGUCAGCCGCAUCUACAGCGCCAGCCGGAGGAGCGCAUACCGUGGCGGGCGGACAACGACAAUUUCUAUAAUCAGGCAGGUGGCGAGGAUGCCUACACCUACAGCAAUGACAACAGCGGCUACAACAACAACAACUACAGCAGCGGCUACAACAACAGCAACGACAACACCACCAGCAGCUACAACAACAGCAACAGCUACAACAGCAGCAGCUACAAAAACAGCAGCAGCUACAACAACAGCCUCAGCAACAACAAUAAUAGUUUCAGCAACAACAGUAGUUUCAACAACAACAACAGCAACAACAACGACAACGACAACAAUAAUAGCGAACGUUUUCAUCAAAUAUUGGCCAAGUACAGCAGACAGCCGCUUACCGACGAAUACAUCAAUACAAACAACAACAACAACAGCAUCAAUCACACCACCCCCAACAACAACGUUGUUAGUGAUAAUGUUAACAACAACAAUAACAGCUACAAUAGUAAUAAUAAUACUACAAAGACAAGCAGCUCAUACAAUAAUAAUAAUAAUAAUAAUAAUAAUACCAUAAAGUCAAGCAGCUCAUAUAACAACAACAGUAAUAAUAUGAAGACAAGCAGCGCAUACACUAACAACAAUACUUUAAAGGCAAGCAACAGCUACAAUAGCAACAUGGACGGAAACAACCAAAUUGAGGACGUAUUAAAUAAUAGUCAGCCGGCCCAUAAGGAAGAAUUACUGAUCCCACCAAGAAUCUAUAGUCGGCCGCUGAAAUUAAACGGCUUUCGCUUUGGGCAGAUGCGAGCAGGUGGCAGUUUCAAUGCAGCUGGAGUCAAUCAAUCGAUGGACUACAUUACGUUGACGGGCUUCCUACUUGGCUAUCUGACAUCGAAUGUGUUGUUCUUCCUAUGCUGGUACUUUAGUUGGCUGAAGGGGCAGGUUGUUAAGCUGCGCAGACAUUUCCUCGGUCAUGCUAAUCUAUGGGAGUUCUUCGACUUUGAGGAUACCACACGCUAUACAAUGCAGACCAAAUUACUAUUGGCGCCCAUCAUACUUGGCUGCAGCAUCCUCUACUGUGUCGUCAAUAUACUCCAUUUGCUGAUCAAACUGGUACGCUCCGAUGUGCCGCGGACCGUUGUCGAUUUUGUGCAGCGCAUCGCCAGGAGCCACUGGCCCUAGCCAAUUGUCCCCAACGUCAUUUGUGUGCGACCCCCACUCGUGAGCUGAAUGUCUGUCUGAAUUGUUGCUUGAGGUCAUUUCAAAAUAACUAAAGGUCAUCUACGUUCUCGGCUAGCUAACUGUUUAACACAUUUAUUUAUACACACAAGAUAGUGGCAGUGGUGUCGAUUGUACAUAAUAAAAGGAUUCAUUCCAAAAUUGGUCUAUGCAUAA